UAAGGUUAUGUUGAUCGCCCCGUGCCAAGAAGACUACACGUGUUUCUCUCAUGUCAAAUUCAUUAUUAUAUUAUGUUUAUCAAUAAUUAUUUAUCCUAGCAUUUUUGGUGACAUUUCAUAUUUUCAAUGAAGUACCUUCUCCUGCUAUCCGCACCACCAACUCUGGUCAGCCAAAUAAGUCAUUCGUAAAACUUCGUAAUUUUUCUGCCAUGCAUACCAUUUGAAUAGGAAGAUGUCUCGUAUAUUCAAUAGAGACAGAGCUCUUGGCUACGUGUCCAAUCAUAUUCCUGCAACAGUACGCUACAUCCAAAGACGGAAAGAACACUUAAUUUCAACCUGUGUCGGUAAAGCGUUUCACACUUAUGGAUGCUCACAUUUUUCAUUAUUAACUGUCAGUGGUCAACAUGAUGAAGAAAUCACUUGUAUUGCAGGUAGCAAAUUUAAUAUUUUUACCGCAGAUGGGUGCACAGUCAGAGCUUGGAAAAGAGGCACUGAGCUGCACCACACCUAUAAAGGGCAUAGUAAACCGGUUUAUUUACUAUUACCAUUUGGCAACCACUUGAUAUCUGUGGAUGAAGAAAGUAAUUUGAAAGUUUGGGAUGUAGCCUCAGGUGACAUUUAUCUAGAGUUAACUUUUUCCAAUUCCUCCUUCCAAAUAACUGCCCUUUGUCACCCUGAUACAUAUCUUAAUAAAAUUUUGCUGGGGAGUGAACAAGGUGAGAUGCAGUUAUGGAAUAUCAAGACAUCAACUCUAAUCUACACAUUCACCGGCUGGAAGUCGAGCAUAACUGUAUUGGAGCAAGCACCGGCUGUUGAUGUCAUAGCUAUUGGUUUAGCCAAUGGGAAAAUAAUAUUACAUAAUUUAAAGUUCGACGAGUCACUGACUGAAUUUACUCAAGAUUGGGGUCUAGUAACAGCGAUAUCAUUCCGAACAGAUGACACACCCAUUAUGGCAACUGGCUCACUAGCUGGUCAUGUAGUAUUUUGGAACAUUGAGGAACGCAGAGUAGCUGGUCAACUUUUAUCGGCACACAGUGGAUCUGUCGCAACUGUAAAGUGCCUCCCAAAUGAACCUUUGAUGGUUACAUCGUCCCCAGAUAAUACUUUGAAACUGUGGAUUUUUGACAUGCCUGAUGGUGGUGCACGCCUUCUAAGAAUACGAGAAGGUCAUAGCAGUCCUCCUACUUUUAUCCGUUUCCAUGGCAAUUUGGGACACAAUAUAAUAAGUGCAGGCUCUGAUUCAACACUGAGGAUUUUUCAUAUCUUCAACCAGACCUUUAAUAAGAGCUUAGGUAAAGCAUCUUACAAUCGUAAACUAUCAAAAAAAUUGAAAAAAUCAAUCGAAGCGGAAGAGCUUAUUAUGCCUCCAAUUGUCCAAUUUACCAGUGAAACAACUCGUGAAAAAGAAUGGGAUGAUGUCGCAGCCAUCCAUCGAGGUCUACCAAUUGUGACCCUUUGGUCCUAUGAUAAACUUAAAAUGAGUGACCUGAAACUUUUACCUGACUCCCUGAAAUAUGAGAAGACGGUGAAAGCCACAAGUAUAUUCAUCACUCAUUGUGGAAAUUUUGCGGUCAUUGGAUACAGCAAAGGUCAAGUAGAAAGAUUCAACAUUCAGUCUGGUAUUCACCGAACAACCUAUGGAAGUCCAGCUCAUCAAGGAGCUGUUACAGGUGUAGCUGUUGAUAUGUUAAAUCAAACCGUCAUCUCUGGGAGUUGUGAUGGUACUAUCAAAUUCUGGAAUUUUAAAACUUCAGCUUCUAAACCAAUCACUCAACUGAAAAACCUGGAAAAUGUCAUGUUUUUCCGAUGCCAUGGUGAAAAUUCACUUCUAGCAGUUGCUCAUGAGGACUUUACCCUGUCUGUUUUGGAUGUUGAAUCCAGAACAAUUGUGAGGAAAUUCACAGGGCAUCAUGGUCAAAUCACAGAUGCUUGCUUCAGUCCAGACUCAAGAUGGUUGAUCUCCUCUGCAAUGGACACAAAAAUCUGUGUUUGGGAUGUUCCUUCAGGUCACCUGGUUGAUUGUUUUCAAGUUGAUGCAGCCUGUACAUCUUUAACCAUGUCACCCACAGGAGAAUAUUUGGCAACUACGCAUGUAGAUUUCCUUGGUAUUUUCUUGUGGGCCAAUCGCACUCUCUUCUCUCAUGUCACUUUACGACCUAUUUUUAAUAUUGAUGCUGUUCCCACUGUUGGCCUACCCGUACCGGGAGUGAUCGAUCCUGAUAUUCUUGAUGAAGAGAACUCCCCAGAUGAUGAGUAUCAGUCUCCUGAUCAAAUUUCUCAUCUGAUAACUCUCUCAGAUUUAGCUAGUUCAAGGUGGCAAAACUUAUUAGACCUAGACAUCAUUAAGAAACGAAAUAAGCCCAAAGAACCACCAAAAGCUCCUGCAGAGGCUCCAUUCUUCCUACCAACUUUACCAACGGUAGAUUUACAAUUUGAUCUCAGUGACUAUAGGAAUUUGCCGAAAGCCGAAAGGUUAGGCCCAUGGCAAAAAAAUUCCACUGUAUUCGGUAAACUCCUAGCAGAGUCUGAGGAUUCAGAAGAUUUUCAACCAGCAGUAGAGAAAUUAAAAAGUUAUAGUCCUUCAGCAGUAGACCUGGAAAUCAGUAAUUUAGCACCAGAGGGUGGUGGUUCUAUCAGGUUAAUGCUUCAAUUUUUACUACUCAUAAAUUACAUGUUCAAAAGUCGAACUGAUUUUGAAAUCGCUCAAACUUAUUUAGGAGUUUUUAUAAAAAAGCAUGGAGACCUCAUCCCCACGGAAAAGUCCCUAAGAGAAUAUUUGGAACCUCUCCUAAAAGAGCAGCAAUCCAGUUGGACCAGUUUAAGCGAUAAAUUCAUGUACUGUCUUUGUAUUGUUGAUCAUCUCAAAAACAAGUGAGGAGAUAUUAACAGAGCACCUCCAGUUACAAUUAUGAACGCUAAAGACUUGGCCCUUCAGUUUUUGAGCAAGAAGAAUAUGGGUAUAUAGCUUAAAGGCACUACUGUAAGACCACAAAUUGCUUAGGUAUAAAGUGCUGAUCUAUUCAUGAUCAGAUCUUAAAUUUAUCCUGUAAGUAUAAUAGGAUUAUCUAGCUGCGAUUAAAAAUAAAAAAAAAUAAUUACUUGACGCAAGAAUAAAUCCCCAGAUUUUUUGCCUACUGAAUAGUACUAAAUCAGUGGCAUUUCACACCAGGUAAUUGGCAGCUUCCUUAGUGCAGCUCCGCUGUAUUUCUCAUGAUCAAAAAUGGGAGGUCCAAGUCACCUGUAUCUACACUUGGCUCCAGUUUCACUUAAAAGGCCUACUACUCAUUGUGUUUUAGUACUAUGCCUAAUAGAAAUAUUGUUAGCAGCAAAAACCAUGUGUUGCCAUUAAUGGAAAUCAUUCUGCUGAGCAUUGUAUUAAUUCUUUGACACCCAUUUAAUGGAAUGCUCAGGGCCUGAAUUUUGUUGUCUACGUUCGACCGCAAGUUGCAAAACCUAAUCUCUGAAUUUGACCAUGAAGCUGUAAAACUAUACCCUAAACUCAAGCUGUAUGCAUGUUGAACUUUCUCAACAGCAAGCUCGAGCCUUAAUUAGUUUAUCAACAGUUCAAACCAUGAAACAGGAAUCGAAUAACGAUCAACAUUCUCAAGAGAAGUAGCUUUUUCUUUCAUAUAACAACAAGACAAUCCCUCUUGUCCACAUUCAAUUAAGUACCACGGAAUUCUGAGGAUAGAGAACUAUAAAGAAGAGGAAAGUUUUAUCUCACCAAAGGAUGCUACAAGAGCCACCGUAAGAUGUAUAAGUUUGAUAAUUUAACAAUAAAUGCACGACUGGGCUCAAUUUUGACAUUCUCAAUGAGGGACUAUAAAUUGAAUUGUCAACAGCCCAAAGCUUUCCCUGCAUCUAUGCAUCUACUAACUUUUUAUGGGUGUUAAGCAAGAAAAUGCCUUGUACAAGGAAUUUAGAACGCGCGUUCUUUGAAAUUGUAAAAUACAAAAUUGAAGAACUCAGGGCAAGAAGCUUUUUUCUGCGAUCAUCAUUUGCAUGAUCCACAAAUGGACUAAAUUUUGCAAUCAGGAACUAUAAAUUCCAGUCCGGUUUAAAAGCAACGUACAUGCCGUAAGUUUCCCCAUGCACAUAAGUGUUUUUUCAUAUGAGUCAGAGUUUAUAGGUCCAAAUUGCAAAAUGUAGUCCAAAUAUAGAAAGAAAUAGGUAUGCAGAAUGCAUCGAUCUGAAUUUUAAGGUUGAGAGUAAAAAUUUCAACAUUUAGAUUGCGUUUUAGUGGAUCCAAGCAUUUCUCCAAAAUUUUACUAAUUCGACAUUACUUUCGUAAGGUCAUUGAAAACAAACUUAACCUUAAUAGUUCCCCACGCAGUAUUGACCCUCAAAAUUUCAUUGAAAUCAUAAGUGGACACUAUGAGUUCUUCGGAGUCCUCCCAUUAUUUUUCUUUGCAAGUUUGCUCUUGAAUCUUUCUCUGAGAGAUACGGCAUCAUAUGCCAUCAUAUACAUAUUAUGAUUAUGAUACACUAUAUUUUUUCCUUUUUUUGAGGAAUUGUGAUUAAAUUUUUUUCUUUUAGAAUUUUUUACUUUUCAAAAAAGUGGACUUUUUUACCCACAUUAUGCAUAAGACCCAGAACUGAAAUAUUUGUUGAUCUGUAGUAGGUAGUAGAUCUUGUAAAGACAUGAGAAAAACAAUACCUAACGCCUUAGAUGGAUAUGGAUGUAAGUAAAUUACAAUUUGAGAAUGUAUCUUGUGUUGCAACAAAGAUUAUAGUGCAACUGUUGUUAUAAAACAAAUUGUAUAAUUUUGUACUUAUAUUUUGUCUAAAAAUAAAUUUUUCCAAAGUAA